UCAGCAUACACGAGAACUCUUCAUCCAACACUUAGUGCUCUCGUUCAGUUUUGAUUCUAUACCGUUAUAUAUAAGACUCUUCGGUCCUACAGCGAAGACAGGCUCUUGUGAAGCGCAGUUCGCCCGAUAGUGGGGAUUUGGGAUUCGGGAGCAGCUGCGACAUCACCCAUUAAGAUCUUGUCUCUACAACGGGGCCUGGGAGGAUACUUGGCUUUGCAGAUCUUGGGACACUGAUAUAAAAUCCUCGUCCAUUGCAUGAUUGACCCAAUGUGAUGCCAAGAUAGCCCAGAUCGGACUCCAUGCGAGUGCCGGAGCAAGUCCGAUGAUGUUGAUAUCUCAGCUCCAUAUCGGCGAAAGCUUAGGAGAGGAGCAACAAUCAAAAGGAGGGGCAUUUGGGAUCACUACAUAAUGUCAAUGCAGGUACGACUGUGAAAUUGGCAACAGAGGAAGUCUUAACUGUGGUCAAUUUCAAUUCAAACAACCCAAUAUGCAUAUUCUAAUCACCGGCGCGGCUGGCUUUAUCGGCCAGCUCUUGGCCAGAGAGCUCCUGAAUGAGGAAUCCUACAAGGUCACUCUGACCGACAUCAACGAACCACCGAUUCCUAAGGGCGUCAAAUACCCUCAGAAUGCCCGAAUUAUCAAGGCUGACCUCUUGAGUGGCGCGGACACGGUAGUUGACAAGUCGCUGGAUGCGGUAUACGCUUUCCACGGAAUCAUGUCCUCUGGAUCAGAAGCCAACUUCGAUCUGGGGUUACGCGUUAAUAUCGACGCGACUCGCAGCUUGCUGGAUGAGCUGCGCAAGACGGCCCCUGGAGUGCGGGUUAUCUACUCAUCAAGUCAGGCCGUCUACGGCCAGCCACUACCCGAAGUGGUCGAUGACAGCGUUACUCCUACCCCCCAGUCCUCAUACGGCGCAGAGAAGCUCAUCUGCGAGGCUCUCAUCAACGAAUACACGAGGCGAGGCUUCAUUACUGGCUUCACACUCCGAUUUCCAACCAUCUCAGUUCGCCCAGGUGCCCCUACAGCAGCAGCUUCAUCAUUCCUCUCCGGUAUGAUCCGCGAGCCUCUAAAUGGACAAGAGUCGGUUAUCCCACUCAAAGACCGCUCCUUCAAAUCAUGGCUCUGCUCCCCGAAGACCCUCGUUCACAAUCUCCUCUUCACCCUCACGCUGCCGGCAGACUCGCUUCCCCCGCACAUCCGACAGCUCAACGUCCCCGGCAUCUGCGUCACGAUCCAGGAAAUGAUGGACGCGUUGGAGAAGGUUGGCGGGAAGGAUAAAUUGGCCCUGCUGAAGGAGGAAGAAGAUGCUAGUCUCAAAGCGAUCCUGCACUCAUGGCCCACCAAGUUCGAUAACAGCCAGACUAUCAAACUUGGGUUCAAGCGGGAUUCUUCGUUCGAACAGGCGGUUAUUGAUUAUAAAGAUAGUUUGGAGCAAUAGGUAUUCUAUAGAACACGAAUAUAGACUGUGGAUUUCAUAGAACAUCUCAUGCUGUAGGAUAUAUGCUUAAAGACUUCUGUCAUCUUUCAGGGACACAGAAUGGAAAAGAUCAACCAGUAGAAAGAAUGUGCU